GAAUGAAUCUUGUUUAGGAAAUGUCUACUCUGGGAGGGGGUAGAGCUGGUACUCCAGACCCCAGGAGGAGAUCCAACCCUGAACCUGAUCCAGAGGGAGGAGAAGGAGUUAGAGAUUCUCACAGGAACUCGAGCAGAUUUGAUUUGAAGGUUGAUGUUCACAUGAAGCCAGGGGGAGCAGUUGGAGGGGAGGAGACUACAGACUCAUUACCCUUGCCUAAACCUGACGAGGUGAUAGAUAUUGAUAGUAAGAGUGGGGAUGUUGUGAUACUAGUAGACGAAGAGACUAAAAACCACAAAGCCCACGCUCAAACCAUUCUUGACGAAUCCAAACAGUCAGCAGGAGUUUCUUUCGAUGCAUCGCAGGGAGAAGUAUCAUUUUCUAGUACAAGUAGUCAGCUUACGAUGCCAGGAGCUGGAAGAGUGGAUGGUACCCGACGGUACUCCAAUAUCUCUAACCUGGCUCAGAGUGUGCGGAGUGAAGCCGGGAUAAACCCUCUACAGCCUGUAACCGGUAGCUUGGAGAUACUUCCAACCCUGGAUCCUAACCUAGCUCAGCUGGGAAACAGGAGAAGGUUGAAUCAGACCAAGUCUGGGAGGAACGUACGUCGAACCAAAAGUGUUCUAGAUACAGGAAUGGGUUGUGUAGCCCCUAUGUCCUUGUCCAGCUAUCCUGUCAGCCUGGAGGCUGGGAUGAACACAGAUUUCUCCAGGAAGGGCAAAUCCCUAACACAAGCAUUCAAGAGCUUGGACAUACAGGAGAGUCAGAUAUCUGAAGCAAGUGAGGAUGGAAGUGUAAAGGAAGGGGAAGCUGCUCUGAAGGAAGCAUCUGUUCAGCUCACUGCUGAGGACAUGGGAACGUGUGACGAGGAUUCAGCUGAAACUUUAGAAAAACAUCUAGAUAAAGAACCUAGAAGUAGUACCAGGAGGAAAAGUGUGGACUCAAAUAUAUCAGGAUUGAUUGUCUGCUCUACUCCAUCCGGCAGUAAGGAUACAGGGCUAGAUAUCCACCAAACAGAAAGUGUAUCCAGCUCACAUAAUGCUGAUAUCCUGGAUAUCUCAGAGAUAGGCUCUUCUAAUGAUUGGGAUACAAGAGAGAAUACUGUUGCUGUUCAAGUUCAGCUCUCAGAUGAUAAUAUGGAGGAGGAAGAAAAGGAAACUCAUCAGGAGCAGGAGCAAGAGCAAGAGAAGGAGGAGAAGGAGACAGAACAGGAGCUAAAGCAGGAGAAUAAGGAGAUUGAAGGGACGGAUAAGAAGGAUAAGAAGGAAAAAACGAAUAUGAAUGAUGAGAAUGAUGAUAAUCAUAUCAAGAAUGAGACUGACGAGAAAAAUGAAACAACCUCCACCUUGAGCCCUAUAAGGCUUGAGAACGAGGUUACAAGGACUGAAGAGAUAGACAGGGAUGAGGUUGAGAAAACGGCCUCUAUUCUAAGUAAUGUGAGGAUGGACUGGAUGUUUUCAGACUCUGAACCCGAUGAACCACCGAACUCCCCAAAACAGGUACCAGCUGGGAGUCAUGAAGAGCGGGUGGUUAGACAGCUGGAAUCCAGUUUACAAACACGUGAUUUACCACGUGCUCAGGAUUCUUUACCAGUAAAAUCCCGGGACUCAAGCCAUGGAUCAAGUGGGACUGAUACCGAAACUAGAACAUUGUUGAAUAAACUGGAAGAAGUUGAGGCGAGUCUGGGGGCUUGUGGAAACUCUUACGGCGGAGCAAUUCCUAAACGACGGGUUCGGAACUCUGGAGGCCGGGAGAGGAGGUUCGAAGCCAGAGAUACAGUGGAUAGGGAUGAAACUGAUCUGCCAGUACGCAGUACACUCCACGAAGAUGCUGCCGGACUCAAACUCUUCCUAGAUUUACUUAACGGACAUGAAACUCAGAAUCCAGAAUCAGAGGCAGAACUCAGGAAAUUGAUUCGGAAGAAAAGGAACCGGAUUGAGGAGGAAUCGGGAACUAGGGAUCCGGAAGUUCAUGGUGAGGUGAGAGGAAAACGCCGUUUGGCCUCUCGGCGUAAACGCCGCCACGCCGCCGAACCGCAGACAGAGGAACAUUUUCCUCCGACGGAGAUUGAAGAGGAGAACCUGAGACUGCGCGGAGAGGACUCUCUUAAAACCAGAAUCAUGAGACGGAGAGAUCGUCAACAACUUGAGAUAGAAGAUAAAGAUGAUAAAGACGCGAAGGAAGGGAAAGGAACUCAUUUUGCUGAGAAUCAUGAGGAUACCACUGCAGGUGCUGUGCAUUGUUACCAAGAUGAAUACGGUAAUUGGCACUCUUACACUUUUGGAAUAGAUGGUUGGUUUGGAUUAUGCCCCGAUCCUGCCCAGGUUCAAGAUCUACAGGCUGGGAUAGGUAGACAGUUCUCUACAGAAACAGGAGGGUCUAGACGAACAUCUCGUGAUGAUGAGAAGGUACCAGGAGGAGGUUGGAAUACUGAGAGUACUGCUGCAGCUUCAACUGUUCUUCAAUCCCACUCUAGUUCAGAUUCAGGAUUAACAGUUAUUCUUGACAGUCCAGCAAUGGUGUUCCAACCUACAGCAGAGCGCCAGCGUUCCAGAGACUCAAAUGCCGAAACUUUCAGGGACAGAGAUGCGUUUUGGACUCGGGAAACCGGAAACAGUGGAAGAUACAAUGUUGCUGCUUCAAGCCAGGCAUUCCGAAGAUACAACCCUUUAUCAAUGUUCGCUGAGAACCUUUUUGACCGUCUGCCCGGUCAAACAUUGACCGCGGCUGUCCCUGACCUCCCCUUCCACACUCCAGAAGGGUCAGGUCAGUUGACCCGCCUAGAAGAGAGUAGUAUCGGACGGGUCAACUUAUCCACUAACUCAGCACACCUCGGCAGUAUUCAUUCAAACACUCCAAAAAUAAGAAAAUACCAUAUACUCAAUAUUCCAGGAACUAAAGGACUGAAAGUUUGGUUAGAUCGUCUUACACUUCUUAAUAUAUUGGAUCAGGAUCCUAGUAUGCUACAUACAAUCAUAUCCAUCAUACUUGCUACUGCAACUGCUAUACUAGGCUCUCAAGUGAUCCAAGAAGGAUAUUUCAAGGACCUUCAACUGGUUUUGUUUUGUUUAGUGUUAUGCUCAAGCCAAUAUAGUUUAUUAAAAUCUGUUCAACCUGACGCUAGUUCUCCUACACAUGGAUUCAACUCAACAACUGUUUACUCAAGACCUGUUUAUUUCGUCAUAUUCUGCAGUAUUGUUCUAAUCCUUGAAACUGUUCUCAAGGGCGAGGUUACUCCGUUCCGUUUGUAUGGAAUCCUCUGGGGUGAAAGGUUUCACCUUGAAGUGAUCAGAAACACCCUGUAUAUUAUUCUGCUCGCCUUUCCGGUCAUAUUCACACUUGGACUACUCCCACAGAUCAAUACAGCUGCUAUGUUCGUCUUGGAACAAAUAGAUAUUCAGAUAUUUGGUGGGAAUGCAAGUAGUUCUAUACAGUCUAGUGUAUACUGUGUAUCCAGAUCUAUCCUAGCUAAUGUUAUUCUAGUUGGGUUUGCGUAUGGAGGAUUAACGGAGAGAACUCAUUCAGUUCAUGCUCAGCAGGUUCUGUUCUCUAUAUUCUGCUCCCUGGCUGUUCCAAUGUCGUAUCAUUUAUCAAGAUCUAGCGGAGACCCUACUGUUAUCCUUUCCAUUCUUAAAAGACAUAUCCUGGCUAUCCUGAGUGAAGAUGUCCCCCUGGCUCCUCAUGCUCCAGGUACUGAGUCUCCUAGUGAACCAGAGCUCCAGGAGGAGUCUCCAACACCAGGGGAUCCUUUACCCAAGAAACUACGUGAUACCGUCAACUCCCGGCUCAAGAAUGAUAUUAUUGUUUGUGUUCUGUUAGCUGUUGUUGUUUUCCUGGUUGUUCAGUCUGACGUGUUGGAUAAAACCUUUCCGCAUAUUGAUAUUGUUCUGUGGUCCCUGGCUCUUAUUGUGGGAGUUGUUCUUCACUACAUCAUACCACAUCUCAGGAAAGAGAAUCCAUGGAAGUGUAUUGCCUCCCCAGUUCUCAAGUCUCAUGAACACAGAUCAUUCGAGGUUCGUCAGCCAGCUAAGGUGAUGUGGUGGGAGAAAUUCCUUCUGUGGGCCGUCAUCUUGGAGAAAUCCGUCCUGUAUCCUCUCAUCUUCCUCUCUGCUGUAUACCAGGACAAGGGGGUCUUCUCCGACCUCUUCGGACUCUGGGGAGGAUCAAUGCUCAUGUCAAUAUGCCUUCUCAAAUCACUCAGGAUUUGCUUUUCUGACAGUUCCCGACAAUAUAUGAUUCUUCUGUUCUCCAUCCUACUUUUUCAAUUCAAUCCAACAAACUCAUCAAUUACUAAUAUAGUGGUUGGAGAGGUGCGUCAGUCCCCGUUCCUGCUGGACUACUUCCUCACCUCCAUCCUAGUUCUCAAGAUACUCGAACUCUAUCUCAAGUGUCAGUUCGUCAUCACAUAUACAGCUCCUCAUCAGAUUAACUGGGGAUCUGCUUUUCAUGCGUUUGCUCAACCAUUCUCAGUUCCUCACUCUGCUAUGCUCUUUCUACAGGCUGCAGUGUCUAGCGCACUGUCCUCCCCCUUGAACCCCUUCCUGGGGAGCACCAUCUUCCUCUGCUCAUACGCCAGGGAAAACGAAGUUGAAAUGAGAAACCCUGGGGCGGAUGAUAAUAAUCUAAACAGUAUUUUCUACGAGCAUUUAACUAGAUCUCUACAACACAGUCUUGCCGGGGAUAUAUUACUAGGAAGAUGGGGGGAAGUACAACAAGGAGAUUUCUUUGUUCUUGCAUCUGAUUAUUUAAACUGUUUAGUUCAUAUUAUAGAAUUAGGAAACGGGCUCUGCACAUUCCAGGUUCGAGGACUUGAGUUCCGAGGAACCUACUGCCACCAGAGGGAGGUCGAGGCUAUAUCCGAGGGUGUAGAAGAUGAUGAAGGAUGUUGUUGUUGUGAACCUGGUCAUCUACCUCAUCUACUCAGCCUGAACGCGGCAUUGAGUCAAAGAUGGUUGGCCUGGGAGGUGACAGCAACAAGAUAUGUUUUAGAAGGAUAUAGUAUCUCAGAUAAUUCUGCUCAAUCUAUGCUUCAGGUGUACGAUCUGAGAAAGAUCCUUGUCUCCUACUACAUCAAGUCCAUUAUCUACUACACUGUGAGGUCCCCCAAGCUGCAGGAGUGGUUGGAGAACCCUUGUAUCCGGGAUGCGAUCAGGAUCACUGCUUCUAAGAACUUUGUGGAUUUGGAUCCUUUGUUCAACAGCAACAUCGACGAGGAUUUUGAUUUCAGAUCAUCAGGGAUCUCGAGGAAUUCCUUUUGUAACAUCUAUCUCAGUUGGAUUCAACAUUGCACUAAAUCUAGGGAUAAGACGCUUCCUGCAGGUAAGGAUAGUGACCUGGUUUCCUUGUGUUUAUCACUGUCUGUGCUGGGUCGUCGAGCGCUUGGAGCUGCUGGUCAUAAUGCGCUUUCUACCGUAGAAUUCUUCUUGGUUGGGCUCCACGCACUUUUUAAGGGAGACUUCCGUAUAACAUCAGUCCGAGAUGAAUGGGUUUUCUCCGAUAUGGAACUCCUCAGGAAGGUUGUUGCUCCCGGAGUUAGAAUGAGCUUAAAACUGCAUCAGGACCAUUUUAUGUCUCCAGAUGAAUAUGAAGACCCAUCUGUUCUUUAUGAAGCAAUUACUUCUCAUGAAAAGGAUCUGGUAAUCUCCCACGAAGGCGACCCGGCGUGGCGUACUGCUGUACUGUCCGGAGCACAGUCUCUGCUAGCUCUACGUCAUGUAAUGUACGACGGAGCAGAUGAAUACAAGAUUAUAAUGCUCAAUAAACGGUUUCUAAGUUUCCGUGUCAUUAAAUUGAACCGUGAAUGUGUCCGGGGCCUAUGGGCCGGUCAACAGCAAGAACUCAUAUUUCUCAGGAACCGGAACCCAGAGCGAGGAAGUAUACAGAACGCUAAACAAGCACUUAGAAAUAUUAUAAACUCAAGCUGUGAUCAACCUUUAGGGUAUCCUAUCUACGUAUCCCCCCUCACUACCAGCUAUAGUGACACCAAUAAACAGGUAUGUGGAGUGGUUGGAGGACCUCUGAGCCUAGGAGUGUUUAAGACUGCUCUAUGGGAGUGCUGGAGUCGAGUACGAGAUAAAUGUAUAGGAUCCUGCACUACUGGAAGUUCUGGAGUAGAAUGUGAUAUCAAUACAGUUGACGGUAUUCUGCCAGAACAUCUUCGUGGAGCUAGUUUGCCAGGAAACCGUUCCAGUGUAGUAAGCUCUGUUAGUAAACCUAGUUCUGGAACACUGGUCAGCCUGGCUGGACUCUUGGGCUCACAAUCCUUACCCUCGGGCUCUACCCCGCCCACUUCACUCUUCGGUCCAUCUACGAUAGGCGGUCCGGGGCCUGUUUCUAGUAUUCAAGGAACACCUUUACCCCCUCUCCCUCCAGAUAGACCUACACCACCACCUGCAGCAGGACAAUCAGAUUCUUUAGGCCCCCCUGCGGUGAGAGUAUCCUCUAGGAAACAGUAUCCCGUGGUGCGGAUCCUGGAUCCUCUCAUGGUCUACGACAAUAUCAAUCUAGGACGGAGAAUAGAUCCGAUCUGGCCGGAGCCAGAGUGGAGAGCUAAAGGUGGAAGAAACUCUUGGAAUACCUGGAUACCUGAUGUAAACAUGAAGGGGAUUGUAUUGCAUCGUUGGAUCCCGAUGCAUCCUCACUCUAUGUACCGCAGUCACACCGACAAGACAAUCCUCUUGGUUCAGAUCGAGGACAAAUAUGUUCCUAUUGCAGAGCAUGCUGUAGAGAUAGUUUACUCGGACCAGGAUAUAAAUGAAGGGACUCCUAAACCGAAGACAAGUAGCUCCUCCAAUAGAUCUAUUGUAAACGCCUCCAGCGCCUCCAAUAGAUCUCCCGCCAAUGCCUCCAGUAGAUCUCCUGCUAGAGAUUGGAAGGAGAGUAGAAGAACUUUAAUCAAAGAUAGAUCUAGAACUAGGCUCGCCAGAGAGGAGAGAAGCACGUCUAAACUAGAAGUUGAGAUUGAAGAGGAAGAGUUUAUGGACAUGUCGGGGAAUAAAAACCUUCAUCCUGUCUCCAGAAGUGGUAAGAGUACUGGGUAUGGAGAUGGGGGAGAGGAGCUGAAGGAAUUCCAUCCUGUCUCCAGGAGUGGUAAGAGUACUGGGUAUGCAGAUGGGGGAGAGGAGCGGAAGGAAGUUUAUGUCUUUAAAGACGAGACUAAUGAGGAUGUAGAGGAAGAGUUCACUGAUAAACCUCAACUCACUCUUGUUGAGAAGGUUUACGGAGAAAGAUAUCCUGGUGUCAAAAAUCCUGAAACUCUAGUUGAAGAACUCAUCACCAGGGAUCAGCCGGUACAAGAUGGAAGUACUCCAGAGGCCAAGGCUAAAAAGUUAUCUGGUCGAGCUCGCCGGGAAUCUGGAACUCAAACUGUGCACGACGUGAAACCGAACAGAAGCAGACGUAACUCUAGAACCCCCAAGGUCCGUUCUGCAGGUCGGAGUCGAUCUAAUCGAUCCACAGACUCAGACAGGGCUAAAUCAUCUAAAAAUAAUAGUCCAAGAUCUCUAGAAUUUUACGAUGUAAGCGUUGAACCCCUGAAAGAUUCGACUGGCAAUUCCCAAGAGAGUCUUGAAUCCGUCCCUAAGCAAAAAUCUAAAGAAAAAGACAUGACAGAAGAUUUAGUUUCAAGGAAAGAUGUUCUCCAAGUAAGACAAAGUGGAGGCGAAGGUUGUCUGGAUGAAGAAGGACCAGGAGUAGUUUGUAAGGGGGAUGGAGUACAAGGAGAAGGAGGUGUACAUGAUAACCUUGAUAUGUUGAAGAAAGCUUAAGCAAAUGAUGAGGAUAGUGAAGAUGUUUCUGAAAAUGAUCAACCUAAAAUAUUAGCCGAAGAAUAUCUGUAGGUGAAAAAUCAACACAAUGUGGAAAUGUUAAAAUCUGUUAAUAAAUUUUGUAAUAUAAUUCUUAUAUAUUUAUCAUGAAGUUAUUACAAUAUAUUUGAAAUAUUAA